AUUUGAAGAAAGCAGUAAGAUUCAGCAGCAUGGGUGGAAAACGUUGGAAUAAAGUUAAAAUAACAGACUACGCUCGAUUAAGCAUUAAUCCAAUGAGAAAGCUUAAAUUUGAGACGAAAGUUAUUCCAAAUCCGAAUUUAAAGCCAAUUACACUUCAACUAGGAGAUCCGACGGUUUUUGGCAAUUUCCCACCAGCUAAAGAAUUUUUGGAUGCUUUUAAGAAAGCAGUUGAUCACGACACAUUUUUAUAUAAUAUCGAAUAUGGAAAGAUUGAAGCACGUGAAGCUAUUGCAGCGAUAUCAGGGAAUGUAACUGCUGACGAUAUUAUUCUCACAUCAGGAUGUGCACAUGCAAUCUCAAUGUGUGUAUCAGCUUUGGUAGCACCAGGUGAAAAUCUUUUAAUUCCCCGUCCUUGCUACAACUACACAUCAUUGACUGAUGGUAAUGGAAUCGAAACGAAAUCUUACAACUUGGAUCCAUCAAAAGAUUGGGAAAUUGAUUUGGAACACUUAGAAAGCUUGAUCGAUCCGAAAACUCGUGCAAUUUUAAUUAACAACCCAGGAAAUCCAUGUGGGAAUGUCUUCAGUAAAGAACAUCUUCAAGAUUUUCUUGAAAUUGCAGAACGACAUCAAUUGCCAGUUAUUUCUGACGAGGUCUACGAAUACAUGACCUUCCCGGGAGUUAAGUUUCAUCCCACUGCUACACUUUCGGAAGAUGUUCCAAUUUUAACAUGCAGCGGAUUGACGAAAAGAUUUCUUAUACCAGGUGUUCGUAUGGGAUGGAUCAUCAUUAAUGAUCGACAAGGUGCACUUAUUGAUGUCAAGCAAGGUUUACGCAAUAUUUGUGGAAGAAUUCUUGGACCUAAUUCAACAGUUCAAUAUGCACUCCCAGCAAUUCUUCGUAAUACUCCACAAAGUUUCUUUGAUAACACUAUGAAAAUUAUCGCUCGACACGCAGAAAUUACUUACAAUCUUCUGCAACAAGCACCAGGUCUAAUUCCUAUUAUGCCAAAGGGAUCAAUGUUUGUCAUGAUAAAAAUUGAGUUGGAAAAGUUUCCUAAAUUUCCGACAUGCAGAGAUUUUGCUGAUGGAUUAAUAUCAGAACAAAGUGUGCUAUUAUUCCCUGGUGAUCCAGGAUUUAAUUUUGCAGGUCCUUUAGAAAAGGGCAUUUUAUUAGUUCAUUCAGUUUUUCUUAGGAGCAUGAAGGUUGUUCAUCUUUUUGCACUGUUUUUGGUGUCAUUAAACGUAAAAAGUUCAAAAGCCAAAAUCUUAGAUGAAAAUCAACAAAAUGGAUUAUUACAAACAGAAGAUACACCAACCAUCGAGUCAAAAAAUAAAUCGGAUAUUAUUGAUAACGAGACUUCAGUGAAGCCUCAAAGUCCAUGUUUUCAUGUUGACACUCACGAAAUGUGCCUAAAUAAAACUGUUUCAUCUCCAGCUUCCAGUUGUGAAUGUGAACAGCAUCCAGAACACCCAUUUGCAGUUAUAUGUUGCAAUGUUACUGAUAAUUUAAUCAAAGCUAUAUCAUGUGCUGGUUCCAACACUUCAUCAUACUUAAGCAUUCACAUAAUCAAUGCUAAAUUAGUAGAAAUUAACGUUUCGCAAAUGAAUCUUCUGAAACAGGUUGACUCAUUCAUCAUCACUGAUGGAAACAUAAGCAGAAUAAGCGGCCAAUUUUCACGAUUCUCGUCCAUAAAGUGCCUUAAUUUUUCUAACAACAACAUAACUGAAAUCAACGAACGUGCCUUACUAAAUUUAAAUCAGCUUCAAAUUUUGGAUCUGUCUGCAAACAAUCUCACAAAACUUCCCACUCCUCCAACAACAGCAAAAGUCGACAUUCGUGGUAAUCAAAAGAUUUCAUGUAAAAACGUUUCAUCAGCAAUUGAACGAGGAGUUGAUUUUCUUUUUAAAGACAUUUCUGUAUGUGAAGUUGAGACUGUUUAUCAUUGGUUCAAUUCUACAGCUUCAAUUUCAAUCAAAAACUUGGAAAACAUGAAACAACUUGAUGACGAUUGCCCAAGUGGAUGUAAAUGUGAUCCGGACCGAAUGUAUUACUCAAAAAUUGAAGGUGGCGAGAAUAGUCUUGUCUUCAUAGCAAAAGUUGAUUGUUCUAAUCUGGGAUUAACAAAACUUCCACAUAAGCUUCCGGAAAAUACACUUUCGUUGAACAUCUCCAACAACAGUAUUACUUCUUUGUCAUCUCUUGUUGAUAAUGAUUAUUAUCAGAAUAUAAGAAGUCUUUUUGCUGAUGAUAAUUUGAUCACAUCAAUUGUGGAACUUGAAGGAUCAAAAUUUUUAGAGAAUUUUACUAAACUCUCAUUGAAGAAUAACAAGAUCAAACAUAUUCCGUUUUAUAUUCUGUCCAAUCUUGAGCGUAAUCUUAAUGGAAAGUUGGUUUAUCUCGGUGGUAAUAAAAUUCACUGUGAAUGUACUACAUUUAAAAAUCAAAGAAUUUGGCGACUUGUACAAGACUGUGAUAAAAUUUUAUGCGACAACAUGAAAGCGAGGAUACUGGAAUUAAAAGAAUCACAACUCUGCAAGUCAGGAUAUCAUGAUUGGGCUAGUUAUAUAGACUAUCUUAUAGUUAUCGAAGUGAUUCUUCUCAUAGCUUUGAUAACAAAAGUAUCUUAUGAUUGACCCUCAACCAUACUUUCAAGUUCUAUGUCGGUUUUUCAUCCUCAUUUCGUAGAUCCAGUUUUCAAAAGAAAACAACAGGAUGAGAUCUUACAAACACCAGAAGGCUUAAAGCUAAAGCAUCUCCCUAUAAAGCCGGCUCGGAAUAAUGACAACGACAGUGUUUUUCAUAAUGACCGUGUCAGUAAAUUCACAAAUUAUAUCAUGAAAUGUGGCAACAAGAAACUUGCUCGUGAUUUGCUUAAUAAAUGUUUUGAGAAUAUGAAAAGAAUUCAGUUAGCAAAGUAUAACAAAGCAACUACUGAAGAAGAAAAGAGUAAAAUUGUGACAGAUCCAGUCACUAUUUUAAACAUGGCUAUUGAAAAUGCACGCCCAAUACUGAAUGUCUCUCCAAUCAAACGAGGUGGUAUUAGAUAUCAAGUUCCAGUACCAAUCAGUGAGAAAUAUUCAUACUACUUAGGAUCCAGAUGGCUUAUUGAAGCGUCAAGGGAAAAAGAAAAAACAAUUCACCUUCCUGAAAAAAUGGCUUAUGAACUGUUGGAUGCAGCUAAUAACGUAGGCAGAGUUGUUAAACGAAAACAAGACCUUCAUCGUCUAUGUGAAGCUAACCGAGCUUAUGCUCAUUACAGAUGGAGCUAAAUAAUUCAAGGGAAUGGAUGUAAUUGACAAUGUUUACUUAUAGAUUGAAUAAAAAGAAGAAAAAUCUGAUCAA